CCCCUGAGCCUCGAGAUGGCCUACGGCGUGCCUGGGGGCUGCCGGAUUCUAUCCCUCAGACCAGGACACUUGAGCCAGGCUUGCCCUGGGCCAAGACUGAGCCUGCUCGGACUGGGGGGCUGGAUGACCACAGCGACAGGGUCGUCACCCCAGUGCGCGGGGCGAUGUUGUGUCCUCAGAGCUGAGAUCCCCGGGCCAGACUUCCAGAAGGGUCUCGACAUUUAUUGGGCGCUGACAGUGUGCCCGGAUCUGCACUGGAAACCGUCGCCGCGCCACCUCACCUGGUUCUCAGCCCAGACUGAGGUGUGUACGGCUGCCAGUGGAAACAACCUCUUCCCCACGUUCUGUCCGGAUUUCUGCUGUGGCACCUGUUCCAGCCAGUACUGCUGCUCUGACGAGCUCAAGAAAUUUAUGUGGAGCCAAGAAAUGUGUCCUGAUCUUGAGGACAGUUUGGCCAGCACUGGGGAGCAUCUGGAGCAUCUGGAGCAGCUGUCCUCGUCACUGAGGUUCUCCUCCUACAUGGACAGCGACCUCAUGUCAGGGUUCGGCGCAACCGCAGCCAUCGGCCUGACCAUCUUUGUGCUCUUUGUCGUCACCAUCAUCAUCUGCUUCACCUGCUCCUGUUGCUGUUUGUACAAGAUGUGUCGCCGACCACGCCCCAUCGUGACCACCACCACGUCCACCACCGUGGUGCACACCCCCUACCCUCAGCCUCCGAGUGUGCCACCCAGCUACCCUGGGCCAUCAUACCAGGGCUACCACCCUGUACCCCCCCGGCCAGGGAUGGCAGCAGCACCCUACCCGGCGCAGUACCCUCCACCCUACCCGGCCCAGCCUGUGGGCCCACCAGCCUACCACGAGACAUUGGCUGGAAAUGCGGCCAUGCCCUACCCCGCCAGCCAGCCUCCUUACAACCCGGCCUACAUGGACCCUCCGAAGGCCGCCCACUGAGCACACCCCUGCCACUUGAUGUGUGUGUGUUUGAAUGGGUCAGGCACGGGCCUCUUCUCUCCGUGCAGGAUGUGUGUGUGUCGUUUGUACACAAGGCUUCUUGUGAUGCCGACAAGGUGAGGGACAAUCCUUGCCAGAGUUGCUGGGACUAUACUUCGUUCUCUUCCUCACUUGAAAUUAUACUUCCUUAAACUCUCAAGUAAAAUUCAAAGAAUGGGGUGGGAGUUCUUAUCCAGACCACCCCAGGGAGGCCAGGUGGGGCUCGCAACCCUAGGAUAGCACAGCUUUCUGUGGACGAGAUGCACAUGUGCUCUGGAUUCAGCAGAAUGGCUAGCCCCUGCUCGAGGCCAUAGCUUGUCCUCAGGGUGUGCACUUCCCCUGGAAGAACCAGAGCUGUGAAUCAGGCAGUAGGUGAGGCUUGGGACCCAGCUAAGCUGGGUUUUGAUCCCAUUGCUCCCUGUGCUGUGCCCAGUGGAGGGCGGGCAGCCCCCUGGUGCCAGAAUGCCUAAGGCGGAGCCCCACCCACCCUGACCACUGCCUGGGACCACCUGGAGGCCACAGCCACCUAAGGUUCUGGCUUCCCUGGCUGGCCCUGGCCCCCACCACAGGUGGGCACGGUGGCCUCUGUCCACCUACACACUCAGGUGUCCUCCCUGCAGUGUUUUACUUUUAACCAAACAUUUGGCCUGUUUUCUGUUUUGAAAUGUAUGUGCCGGUCGCUGUGGGGCUGAGCUCCCUGAGUCCUGGAGGGAAAUUGGCUCAUAGAGGGACCAUCUGACCGCUGACAGUCCCCACAUGCCCCACACCAGCCUCACAGAAUGUCCAGCUCCUGUACCCCAGUCCAGUUUGUCCUGGCAGCGGGGACACUUGGGCCAACGGGCCAUUUGGACCAGCGGUGAAGGGGGUGCUGGGUGGCUGCUGGCCUAGACAUGGAUACCUCGGUGUUCCCCAUCCGUUACUGUCUCGCCUGAUCCGUCUCAGCUUUGUACCUGUUGAUAUGUUUCUGAAAGUCUGGGGUCUGUACCCCUGUUUAUAAUAAACGCAGGCAUUUGGAGCUGCA